CGAUUAUAACCAAUAAGGCAACGCCAGCGUCAUUUUCCAACCAAAACCUCAUUCAACGACGUCGUUUCCUCUCUCCUUCUCCAUCACAUAUAUAUAUUUCAUCUCCAUCGUUAUUCUUCCGUUUGUUUCAUGCCAUUCGCAACGGUUAAAGAAAGAGUGACCGAGAGCGAUCGAGAGAGAGAGAGAGAGAGAGAGCCCGAUCUUCCUCUAUCGAUCUCUGCUCUUUCCUCCCCCCUUUCAAGAUUCGUUGCAUUUUCUCAUUUCUCGCGAAUUCCGAAAUCGCGUUCCGUUGGCUCUCGAUUCCCACGCUCCACGUUCACGAUUUUGAUUGAGAUGAAACUUGAAAGGGCUUGAUAGUCAACAAGGGAAGAGAAAGUGCCGAGGCCCAGGUUCAUGGGAAAGUGCUUCUGUUUUGGACAAUGGCUUCAAUGAUUACUGCCUCUGCAUUUUAAAUUUGUUCAUCUUUCAUGAUGUGGAGUUUUGCAUCAAAUGCCCUUACAAGCAUUAGAUUGAAAAUAGGCUCCAAACAGCCAAGUCAAACUUCUGCAGAAUGCUCAGAUGAUGAGGUCUGCUCUAAUGCCAGCAGAGAUGAAGGGCUGGAAUGCCCAAUAUGUUGGGAAUCCUUCAACAUAGUUGAGAACGUGCCCUAUGUCUUGUGGUGUGGCCACACUCUCUGUAAAAAUUGUGUCUUGGGACUGCAAUGGGCAGUGGUGAAAUUUCCUACUCAGCAAAUCAAGAUUCCGUUCUUCAUUUCUUGUCCAUGGUGCCACCUGUUAUCGUUCCGGAUCAUUUGCAAGGGCAAUCUUAAAUAUCCUUGCAAGAACUUCUUCCUUCUCUGGAUGGUCGAGAGCCUGAAUGGUGAUAGGAAUAAGCUCGUUUCCACUUGCACGGACAACCAACCAAUUUGGUCUCCCAAGUGCAACCUUCUGGGAAGUCAAGUUACUAAUUGUAACCUAAGAAGGGCCUCAGUAAGUCCUUGUUCUAGACUGUUGGGAUCUAACCACGACGUUGGUGUCAAUGAUGGAGAAACACACCACUUUUCCCUUCAUAAAUCUCUGGAUUUCUUCCUUCACUUUACAUCCAAGUUCCCAUUGGUCGUCAUUUUCCUUCUGAUUGCCCUUUUCUUAAUUCCCUGCUGUGCUGUUAUUUUAGUCCUAUACUUUCUAGUCACUAUUCUUUUUGCUAUACCAUCAUUUCUCGUAUUGUACUUUGCAUACCCUACGAUCCAGAGGCUGGUAAGAGAAAUAACAUCUUAAGAUAUAGCCUUCAGCAGACUGUUUCUCUGGAUUGAUUGUCGUACUCUGGUAAUUUCUGUUUGUUACUUUUAGGUUUUUAUAUUCUUAUGGCUCUAUAGCUUUUGCAAUUUUUGUAUCAACUUUAAGUUUCAUCUUGAGAGGAACUUUAUUUUUUGGCAGUUGUAUUUUUAUUCUUAAUUUCCUUUUUCUGAAGUGGGUAAUUAAAUAUUUUGUACAAAGAACAAGGUUCACUUGCCGAAAAGUACAUGUAUUCGAAUGACUAUGGUUAUGUGAUACUUAUAGAAAAUGUUUAAUGCAAUAUCUAAGUCGAGGCUU